GGUUUAAUGUUAAGAAUUGUAAUGGAAUAGCGAGAUUUCGUGAGGGGGUUACGAGAUCAGAAUAUCUUCUAGUGGAAGUCGAUAAGUCGGGAGGAAGAGAGACGAGAGUCAGUCCGUUCUCAGCGGCCGUGCUGACCACACGCAAGGUUGUCAGAGGUCCUGCUGGAGUUCAAGAAGAUGAGAUACCUCAGUGUGUAUCCGUUGGUGGCGUUGUUCGUCCUGCUGGCAGUCAUCACGGAUGCCAAGCCCUUAUUUGCCAAGAGGUACAAGAAGACCACGAAGGAAGACCAGAAGUUCUGGAGAGAAAAAGCUCAGGCUGAGCUUGAAAAAACGCUGAAAGUCAAGCUGAACGAGAAUGUAGCCAAGAAUGUGAUCUUGUUCCUGGGAGAUGGAAUGAGCAUCCCAACCCUGACAGCCUCCAGAAUCUACAAGGGCCAGCUCCAAAAGAUGGGAGGCGAGGAAGGCUUUCUCUCAUUCGAAAAUUUCCCGCAUGUCGGACUAUCUAAGACGUACGACGUGGAUAAACAAGUAGCGGACAGCGCCAGCACUGCCACGGCCUACCUGACGGGCGUCAAGACCAAUUACAAGACUAUUGGUGUGGACGCGACCGCCAUCUACCAGGACUGUUCCAGCAUCACCGAAGACAACAAGGUGUACUCCAUCGUCAAGUGGGCUCAGGACGCUGGCAAGAGAACUGGUGUGGUGACGUCAACACGAGUGACACACGCGACCCCGGCCGGGACUUACGCUCACGUGACGGACCGCGACUGGGAGUGUGACGGAGCCAUCAGUGCGGAAAACCAGAAGAAAUGCCCCAAACUGAAGGAUAUUGCCAGGCAGCUGGUGGAAGACGAGCCAGGCGCCUCCAUCAAUGUGGUGAUGGGGGGCGGGUACCAGAACUUCGACGCCAACGCCACAGGUACCCCCGACGACCCUAUUGACACCCAGUAUGGUAACUGCAGCAGGAGGGACAACAAGAAUCUCAUCGAUACGUGGAAGGCGAAGAAAACUGAAGCGAAAGUGAAAUACCAGUUUGUCAGGAAUAAGACGGACUUGGACAAGGUUGACUUCAUCAACACCCAGUUUCUGCUCGGAAUCUUCGCCAACGGACAUGUGCCUUACGAAUACGAGAAGAAAAGCAAGAAUCUGGAUGUGCCUACCCUGGCACAGAUGACUGAAGCUGCUAUCAAGAUCCUUCGGCAGGAGCCCAAAGGAUAUUUCCUAUUAGUGGAGGGUGGACGCAUUGACCACGCCCACCACGACGGCAUAGCCCACCGUGCCCUCGAUGAGACAGUGGCGAUGGAUGAAGCUGUCGAAAAAGCUCUGAAUCUUACUAACGAAGAGGAUACGCUGAUCGUAGUGACGGCCGACCACGCCCAUACCAUGUCUAUCAGCGGAUACCCUUUACGAGGUCAAGAAAUCACCGGUUUGGCUGCCGAAGGUGAUGAUGGUUUACCCUACACAACCCUCAUGUAUGCUAAUGGGCCUGGCUACAACUACUCUGUGGACGGGUCGCACGUAGAACAUCCCCUACUGAGUAACCAGUCUGUCAGCACUUGGAACUACAAGCAGCUGGCUGCCAUUCCUCUAGAUUCAGAGACCCACGGAGGCGACGACGUAGCCAUCUAUGCUCUGGGUCCCAUGGCGCAUCUAUUCCAUACCUUGCACGAGCAAAAUUACAUUGCUCAUGCCAUGGCCUAUGCAGCCUGCAUCGGAGACAACACCAAACAUUGUACAGACGGUGCCAACAGCAUGAUUCCCUCAGCCUCUCUGUCCGUCUUCCUACUUCCCCUCCUUUCUGCUCUUUGGUUCCACUAUUAAAGUUUCUCCUCUAAGAAAUGUUGAUAUCAAACUUGAAGCACCUAUAGUAGGUAAUUAUCAAAAGAGGGCACCAAGCCUAUGUAGCGUGAAUCACCAAUAGCACCAUUCAUUUAUAUCUGGCUUCCCACCUCAGAUGGAAAGAAUAUAUUUAUAUAUAUAAUAUAUAAUGCACACACACACACACCGAGGGGGUGGGUACUCGGCAGUGCCCGGGAUAGUCUGUCUUUUCCCUGGCCCCCAAUUCACUCCACUUCUUUCCCCACUCCUUACAUUCUCCAUCUUACCACCCCCUGCCCCCUUUCCACCUUUGAACAGUCAGACAUUUUCCUUUUCUUCUCAUCCCCCUCAUAUUCCCUUGGCCCCCUUCUCAUCUCCAUCCCAUCAGUCCCCAACUUUGUCCUUCCCUUUGUUCUUAUCCGGCCUUUCCCCUGGUCUCUCCCAACCUCUAUCCACUCUGCUUCCCCCAUCUUUCCCUUAGCCCCCCUCCUCAGGAUCUCUCUCUAUUGGAUUGCUAUUCUUCUCUUCCUUCUCUCAGAAUGUGCAGAGAGGGUGAGCAGCCCUGUUAAACUCCAUGUUUACCAUGUCACAUGCCAUAUUUACACUUGACUCCUUGAAGGACUCCAUGAAAAUGGCCUAGGAGUGUUUAGAAUUGCUAAUAUUUCUUAAAGCAUUUAACUUAGGCGUAUCCCAUCCAGCCUAUAUACAUCCCAUACCCCAGACCACUCCCCAUGCAAAUUAUCAUGGGAAAAAGACAAGUCAUUACAAUUAUACAGAACUUAGAAGGGGUCAGGAUAAGGAUUUAGGAUGGGAUCGGGAAAAGGAACGGUGUCCAAACACUUGGACGGUUAGGGAUAGAUCGCCGACCCGUGGGAAGCGAGACCGUCGCUCUACCAUCCAGUCCACGUGGUUGGUGUGUACAACCAUGAACAUGACAUGAUUGCAAACUAUUUAGAGCUGGUAAGGAGGAUAGGGAGUUUGAGAUAAUAAAGCUGUUAACUGCAGUUAUCAUUAAUUUUGAGCUAACAUGAAUAACCAACAGUUCAACUUAUGAUAUAGAGCAAACAUAGCCUGCACUUUGCAGUAGCUGAAUUGAGAAAACCCUGCAGUGGGCAUAUGUUGGGCAAACGACAUUGAUUCGAUGGUGAAUCAAAGCCGAUAAAAGUUGAAUCAACAUUAAUGAAACAUGUUUUGCCUGCUUGGAACUGUCAGUGUAUAUGGUCUUUUUAAUGUUUUUAUGUUUGCAUUUUUUUGUAACGCCACUCAAUUUAGUAGCAAGCCAAGUAUGAUUGUCGAGUAUGAUUAGUUUCCUGGUGGGAAAUGUAAUAUUAAUAUUUUAUUUAUAAGACAUGCAAAGGAUCAAAUUACAGUGGUUACUUAGUAGGCACAGUCAUUGUAUAUUUGAUAAAACCACUAAUUAUGCAAAAUACUUUUGGGUAUAACUUAAAAUAAUGCAUGAAUUUAGUUCAAUUUAUAAUAAUAUUUAAUACUAAAUGAGAAGUUAGCUAAUGUAUGUGAAAUGUUAAAGAAAUAAGUAAAUGUAUUACAUUCAUUCUCAAACAAGUAAUUAUUUCCUCCUUGUUUUAAGCUCAAGGAGGAGAGUAAUACCGGUACUGUAGUCCACAAAACAACAGGAGGCAAAAGAUCAAUACCAUACUGAUGGUACACAAACUAUUCAACAGUUUGAUGAGAGAAUAAAAAAACGUAUUUGUAGCACAGGAAUACAUAUGUUCUAAAAGAUUCAAUUUAAUCCCAAUAAAUUUGUGCUUUAUUUAUUACCUUUCAUAAACAAACUACAAUAGUGAAUAAAAUUGUUAAAACUUACAA